GUUGUUGUGGUUGUUGUUGUUGUUGUUGUGACUUGGUCCUCGCCGGCUCCGGUCCUCCGGGCCGCCGUACCGAACGGCUGCCGACUGCCUGAUCCAGAUUAUAGGUCAGCCGUCCGCCCUAAGUCUUCCCUGGGAGCAGAGGCAGCGCUGUGUGUGUGUGUGUGUGUGUGUGUGUGUGUGUGUGUGUGCGCGCGCCAUGCCCGCAGCGAGCCGCCCGCCACCAGACAGCGGGGGUCCAGGACCGGGCCGCGGGGAGACAUGGCCCUCCGCCGAUGGGCCCUGCUGGUCUGCCGGCGCCGCCCCACCCCCACCGCCGUCCUGGGGGCGCUGGGGGUCGCCGCGCUCCUCGCUGUGCUGCCGCUACGACCGUCCAGCCGUUCCUGGAGAAUAACAUCAGGGGAGGUGAGAGAGGAGCGGCCCGGCGAGGAGCCAAUCAGAAGGGGCUCCCCGGUGGACCUGGGCUCUGAUUGGCCAAGGAACACCACCCAGCAGACCCGGGUCACCUCCCCUCCCGUCGUGUUCAUCAAAACCACCAAGACGGGCGCGGGCACGGUGCAGAACCUGCUGUUCCGCCUCGGGGAGAGAGAGGGCGCCACCUUCGCCUUCCCUCGCGACAGCUUCACGUUCAGAUACCCUCACAAGUUCCGGGCGGACUUCGUGGAGGAGCUCCCUGAAGGCUCCUCCCAGUUCGACCUGCUGGUCAGCCCGCUGAGGCUCCACCUCCCCGCGCUCCGUCAGGUCAUGCCCCCGGACGCCGUCUACGUCACCGUGAUCCGCGACCCCGUGGCCACCUUCGAGUCCGUCUUCUCCACCCACGCCUCAGAGGUUCCCGCCUUCCGGCUGGCCCGGGCCGCCGCCGCCGCUAACGCCCCGCCCACCACGCCCCUGGAGCUCUUCCUGGAGACCCCGGAGCGCUUCUGGGACCCCGGUCGCCCCGGCAACGGCCUGGCCAGGAACCCCAUGAGCUUCGACCUGGGGCUGGACUCGGUGGCGGGGGGGAACUCGUCGGCGUGGGAGGCGGAGCUCGCGGCGCUGGAGGCGGGGCUCCGGCUGGUGCUGAUCGCGGAGCACCUGGACGAGUCGCUGGUGCUGCUGGGCGCCCUGUUGGGGCUGGAGGGGGAGGAGCUGGCCUCGGUCCGCCUCAACGCCCGCACCCUGAGCCACGUCACGCCGCUGGGGCCCCGGGCGCGGCGCCGCGCGCGGGUCUGGAACGCGGCCGACGCGCUGCUGUACGACCGCUUCCUGCGGCGGCUCUGGGAGCAGGCGGGGCGCUACGGGGCGGAGCGGCUUCGGGGGGAGGUGGCCCUGCUCAGGGCCUCCACCGAGAGGGUCCGGCGGCGGUGUGUGGCCCGGGGCGGCGUGGCCCCCGGGGGCCUGGAGGAGCUGCUGAGGCCCCGGCAGAGCCCCGGGGCCACGGUGCUGGGGUACCAGCUCAGGGCCGACCUCAGCCAGCAGGAGCUGGGCUUCUGCGUGAGGCUGGUGCUGCCGGAGAGGCAGUACCACGCGCACCUCUACUUCCAGCAGUACGGGAGGGACCUGAGGCCUAGCUCCACCUCUAACCCCACCCCCUCCUCUGUCAGUACGGGAGGGACCUGGGGUCGGCCUCCACCUCUAACCCCACCUCUACCUCUACCCCCAUCAGUACAGGAGGGACAUGAGGCCGACCUCCAGCUGUACCUCCAUCAGAAGAGACAUGAGGCCCAGCCUCACCCCCAACCCCAUCAGUCCAGGAAAGACAUGAGACCCACCCCCACCUUCAACAGAAAGCUGUAGAACAAACUAAUUUCACACAUAAUACAAUUUCCUCUGAUUACUUUGAGACACAGUGUUUUGUCUUUUCCUCUCAUCCCUCUCGUGAUCUAGUGGGGUAGGACUGGGUGUUUUUAGGUCUGCGUGUGCAGGUCAUGUGGUCCGGGGAAUCCUAGUCUCUAAUCCACUUAACCGCGCAGGAGGCGAGCGUCACAUGAUAAGCAGAGCCACGGGGGGGGGGGGGGGGGGGGGGGUCAUGGGGUUAAGUCGGAAUGGAGAGAACGAGAUCAAACAUUCACAGGAAGCCUCAAACAGAAAGAAAUUAUUCUUGGGAGAGACGGUCAAUCUCGUAAAGAUGUCUUAUUUAUUUAAAGGCAAACAAUAACACAAGAGCAAAUAAAAUAUAUAAAACUUGAUGAUAUUUACAUUAAAAUCCUCUUCAUUGUCAGAUUUA